AGUUGAGUGAGACAUUCUAGGUGACGGAGCACUGUGAAGCGAGGCAGAUGAAAGAGGAGCUGAACAGCCCUGGUUCCGAUGGACAAACGCAAAAGGGAAUCCGGCGGCGGCUUAUCCUAGCGGCGUCGGGCUUGGUGAAGGAGCUGAGGCUGAGCUGUUGGUGAAGGAAGCCAAGACAGAGAAAUGGAGAAAGUAAGCAUUCCAUUCACUAAUCAAAAUCAGUUCCCACACCGACCAAGCCAGAGAAGCCAGAGAAGGAAGAAGAGAAACGUUUACACCCAUCUUAAGUCUCUCAUUGGACUACCGAAUCAGCUGAGUGAUGGCUUCUCCUGGACACUUUUGAAGUGCAUCCCACAUGACCAGAACAGUCAUUUGGUCCAGCUGCUUCGUCCUUUUAUUGCAGAAUGCAACUCCAAGUUAGCAGUGGCCCUUACCAUUAUGGAGGAAAGUUUUCUUCCAAUGGUGGAUCCUAAAACGGGCACAGACAUGAUACCUCAAGUUAUCUAUAAUUGGGGAUCACAGCCCGGGCGUCUGAACUACCGCGGAUUUUACACUGUUGUUUUGGAAGACGACGACAUUAUGGUGUCCGUGGCAACAAUUAGGAUCCAUGGGACUAAGGUAGUGGAGUUACCUUCAAUUGCAACUUGCAGCAAAUCCUGCCGCAUGGGAAUGUGCCGCCGGCUUAUGAAUUGCAUAGAGAAGGAUCCAUGGGACUAAGGUAGUGGAGUUACCUUCAAUUGCAACUUGCAGCAAAUCCUGCCGCAUGGGAAUGUGCCGCCGGCUUAUGAAUUGCAUAGAGAAGGUAUAUAGAAAAGGAACGGGAAGGGGGAAUCGAGGGGAAUCGGGAAAGAAAGAAGAAAGGGGAAACAGGAAAGAAAGAAAGAAAGAAAGAAAGGGAAAGAGUAUAAAGAAGGAACGGGAAGGGGGGAAUCGAGGGGAAUCGGGAACAAAAGAAGAAAGGGGAAACGGGAAAGAAAGAAAGAAAGAAAGAAAGGGAGAGAGUAUAAAGAAGGAAUGGGAGGAAAUAGGAAGCAGGGAGGGGAAGAAAAUUAAGUUAUUUAGUUAAUUAAGUUAUUUAAUUAUGUUGAAAAUAGAAAAUUAAUUAUUUAAUUAAUCAAGUUAUCUGUCAGGCACCCUUUCUAAAUUACAAACUACUCUGUCAAUCAUUUAAAGCUGGUUACCAGUACGAUUCUGAAGUAUGUUAAUUUCGCAUCAUCUACUAUUGAGUUUCUUCUCUCUGGCUGUUUUUAUUGGUCCAUCAGUUUCACUUCCCCCCUUUACCUGUAUGGUGUGUAUACUAUGAAGUAUGUAGAGAUAUAAUAGCCUCAUAGGUAUUAUUUUGAACUGCUGAGUGGAAAACCAUUGCUAGGGUUGCAUUCUGUAGGUGGCUAAGAUGACUAGGUGGUUCUAUGGGGGUAUACUAUGUGUUACAAAUGAGUGGGAAUGGUGCUUACACUGAAGUGCCACAAUUAAAGAAGCCGUUUCCCUAUUUCUAUUAGGAGCAGCGGAGGUGAAGAAAGGGGGAAAGGGAAACGGGGAAAGAGAAGAAGAAGAAGAAGAAGAAGAAAGGGAAACAGGUAUAAGUGAAGGAGUAGAGAGAAGGAACGGGAAAGAAAGAGGAAGCAGAAAGGGAAAAUUAAGACAGAGGAAGAGAAGAGAAAAUUAAGUUGUAUAAUUUAUUUAAUAAAAGAACUGGGUUUCAUUGAAUUCAUAAUAACUUGUACAAGGGUUUUAUCAUUCUCCAAGUUCGUUUCCUGCUUUGAAGAUAGUUCGUGCCUCCAGUUACAUUGAAAUCUAGUCUUGACUUAUGUUUCAUCAUCUGUCAGGCACCCUUAUUAAAUUAGAAAUUGCUAAUCAAAGGAAAUAAGAACACUGGGAAGCUUUUCUUAAUGCCAGCUGGUACCAAGGGCCAACUUUAGGUCUUUAGCAAUUCUAAAGUAUGUUAUUUUCACUUCAUCUACUAUUGAGUUUCUUCUUUUGGUACCAACUACCAAGGUCUAUUGUGAAGAUCCAGGCCUCAGUUACAUUUGAAACUAGAAAUUUAGUCUUCUGUAAACUCAUGUUUUUGUGUUGAGAUAUAUAAUAAUAGCCUCAUAGGUAUCUUGUAUUACUCCUGUUCGCUACUUAUCUCCACAUAUGACUUUUCAUGGUCAUCGUGAAAACGAAAAUGUGUCGAGAUUUAUCCUGCUAGGAAUUUUCUCACAACACCAGUAUCUUCAGUUAAAUACAGUUGAGCUUGACGACCGAUUGGAGGCCACCUGGAUUCCCAUCCAAUCUUAGCCUUUGAGAAACUGCCUGCGAAGUUUCAUUUCCAAUUCAGAAAGCUUGACUUUGCCACAGUCAUGUACGAGUUGUGAGCGGUUAUUUCUACUGGAUAAGGAGUGCUGGCAGCCUCAUGAUGGGUCUCUUGCUCGGGUUUCAAAUAGAGACUGUUCAGGGUUUGUCAGUACGAAAAAAGAAUUGAGAUCUCUGCUUUCCUUGUCACAAACACUUGGUAUUGCAAUAAUAUAUCCCAGGGAUUUGCGCAAGGUGAGAAGCACUUUGAGACCAAGCCUGCAAACUCAGAGAAGAAUUCUGCGAGUUCGAAGAGACUUGCACAAGGUGAGAAGCAGUUUGAGAAGAAUUCUGCGAAUGAGGAUCUUCUGCUGGCGACAAAAUCAGCGCAUUCGAGGUCACCUGCGAACUAAGAGUUCUGUUCGAGACAAAGCUGAAGUGGCUUGGGAUGACAUCUGAUUUUCAGUUGGCCGACGGUGUCUAGGAGGGCUCCUCGCUUGGCCUGUAGGUCUCCGGUGACGCGAACGUUCGCACAUCUUGUCCAACCAGAUUCGCAUCUCCUUCGCCCAAUCACUUUUCGGCCAGCUUCUCCACUUUUCUGCCGUCAACCUUUUGCGCUAGCUUCUCCCCUUUUCCGCGCUAAGCAUCAUGGUCGGAUCUUCCAAGCUCCCUGCGCAGUUCCUCUCCGCCUUGCGUAGACACACGCUUCUCAGUGUUUGCGCGCAAACCAGAGGCAGCUGAUCUCAAUGUUCCCUAUGCUGCUCCAUUUAUUUAUCGUGUGACUUAGAUCGAAGCUUCCGAGGGACAACGGCUCUGAUACCAAUGUUAGGGACCUCAACAUUAGGGACCUCAACAACGCAGCAGAAUUUUAGUAUUAUAUUGAUUAAAAAACUAAGAAGACAGUAGCGAUUGCAAUGGUUGAAACGAGAGAUCAACGUAAACUGAAAAUAACAUGGUUGAGACUUGAAAAGAGGCCUCACUCUCCCAGCCUAAUUCCAACUGAAAUUCUGCCUACCUUCUUCCUCCCUCCUUCCCCCUUUUAUAUCAUUUCUCUUCUUAAGGGCUGGCCCAUAUUUCAUGAAUUACAUGGCCCAAAACAUUAAUUUAUACAAUUUACACUCUAUUAAUAAUACUCUAUUAUUCUUAUUGUUAUUGGCUGUCCAUGUCCCUAUCAAAUAAUGAUCAAACUCCACUUACUAAUAAAAACUUUGGAAUAUUAAUUAUUACCAAAGUCACUAUAACUACUUUGUUAUUGCUACUACUGCAGUCAGAGGAUUUGGUGCUAUCUGGAGUUGUUGAUGUUAAUGAGUGUUAUUACUCUUGACGAUGUACACUUGUACUUCGUCAAGUGGUACUGUUUUGACCUUGUAAUAAAUAUGACAUAAAGAAUAUAAAACCAACGUGAUACCCUAUUUUUACUUGAUUUGGGAACAUAUACUAUUAUCAUGAAAUUCAUACUUAACUCCGCGGUCAUCCACCACAUAACUCACAAUAAUUGUUAUUUGCUCUUUGACUGAAUUACUACUUUAUCUAAUAGUCUCCGCUUAUCUUUUUUGCCAUAAGUACUAAUACUAAAUUUGGGAUUGGAAGCAGGGGCAUUUGCUCCCCCAGCACCCAGGUCCUCUAUGCCCUAGCGGGAGUUGUGAGCGGACGAGGAAGACGGGAGAAAGACACUCUCUAAAAUCCCCUUCUGGCUUCAAAGAACAAGACACUAUCCGGUUUUAAUAAGAUAUGCAUUGUCAUUGUCAUGAGUGAUUCUCAACAUUGCCUAAAGGUCUUCAUCAUCAAUAACUCUUCUUCUUUUCUCUCAUCAGAAUCCAUCCAAUUUGAAAAGCACGAAAGCAACUUCUCUUCAUUCCGGAUUUAAAAUUCAGUUGUUGCUCUAAUUGAAUAGCUGGAACACUAAUUGGAUGUCGUGGACAUAUGUGAAGGGCUAAUCGAGGUAUACAAGCGACGACAAAUCACAUAGCUAUCUGGAAUGAUCCAGCGCGAAGAUGGCUAAAGUUAUGGGCUGAACAUGAUGCAGUUGUUGGAUCGGACAACAAUCCCUAAGUACAUGCUAGAAUAUGGUUGAAAUUGCUUUUGCAUAAUAACCAUUAUUUAGUACAUAGUAUUAUUUAUGUGGUGAAUGUACUACAAUUGCACCGCGAAAUUGUAGACUUAUGUCAGGGCACACAUAUCAUACGGCUCAUAUUUUGUCGUCUUAUCGAUCUUAAAUGACUUCUACAUAGAGUGUACCUUUAGUUAUAAUUUUGAGAACAAUGUUUACCAAUACAAUCAGUUUUCUUGCCUUUUUCUCACCAAAAAGUGAGAUUUAUUUUUAGAAUACAAAUGGGUGAUGCUGCAACUUAAGAUGUCAGUGGCCGGUGAUAAUGCAC